AUGGGUGACUGGAGUUUCCUGGGGAAAAUCUUGGAGGAGGUGAAUGAGCACUCUACAGUCAUCGGCAGAGUCUGGCUCACUGUGCUUUUCAUCUUCCGGAUCCUCAUCCUUGGCACUGCCGCAGAGUUCGUGUGGGGGGAUGAGCAGUCCGACUUCGUGUGCAACACCCAGCAGCCGGGCUGCGAGAACGUCUGCUACGAUGAGGCCUUCCCCAUCUCGCACAUCCGCCUGUGGGUGCUGCAGAUCAUCUUCGUCUCCACGCCGUCCCUGGUGUACGUGGGUCACGCGGUGCACUACGUCCGCAUGGAGGAGAAGCGGAAGGAGCGCGAAGCAGAGGAGCUGGGCCAGCAGCUCGCCGAUAACGGCGAGAUGGCGCCGCCCCCCGCAGACCAGGGCAGCAUCAAGAAGAGCGGCAACAGCAGCAAAGGCACCAAGAAGUUCCGGCUGGAGGGGACCCUGCUGGGGACCUACAUCUGCCACAUCAUCUUCAAGACCCUCUUUGAGGUGGGCUUCGUAGUGGGCCACUACUUCCUGUACGGUUUCCGGAUCCUGCCCCUCUAUCGCUGCAGCCGGUGGCCGUGCCCCAACGUGGUGGACUGCUUCGUGUCACGGCCCACGGAGAAAACCAUCUUCAUUCUGUUUAUGUUGUGUGUGGCCUCUGUGUCCCUCUUCCUCAAUAUUCUGGAGAUAAGUCACCUGGCCUUGAAGAAAAUCCGAUCUGCUUUCAAGAGUCCCGCAGAGGAGCCACUGGAGGAGGUUCCUGAGAAAUCUCUCCACUCCAUUGCUGUCUCCUCCAUCCAGAAAGCCAAGGGCUACCAGCUCCUCGAAGAAGAGAAAAUCGUGUCCCACUAUUUCCCUUUGGCUGAGGUUGGGAUGGUGGAGACCAGCCCACUUUCUGCCACGCCUUUCAGUCAGUUUGAGGAGAAGAUGGGCACAGGGCCCCUAGGGGACUUGUCCCGGGCUUACCAAGAGACACUGCCUUCCUAUGCUCAGGUGGGAGCACAGGAGGGAGAGGGGGAGGAGCAGCCUGUGGAGGAGGGAGCAGAACCAGAGGUGGGAGAGAAGAGGCAGGAAGCAGAGAGAGUGAGCACAGAGGGGCAGGAGACCGAAGCAGUGCUGGAGGGGGAGAAAGUGAAGCCCCCUGAAGUGGGGAAGGAGGCUGAGAAAGAAGAGCUGCAGGCUGAGAAAGUAUCAGAGCAGGGGCUGCCGGCUGAGAAGGUGCCUUCACUGUGUCCAGAGCUGAGCGGGGAUGACAGCAGACCCCUGAGCAGGCUGAGCAAAGCCAGCAGCCGGGCCAGGUCAGAUGAUCUAACCGUAUGAAGUGGUGCCAAAGAAAGAAAGAAAACACCCGCGCUAACGUAGCGCAAGAUGAAACAUAAAGGUGCCAACAUGAUUUGAGUCUUCUGUCCCUCCCUCCCCCCUGCCGACACCCACCCCUGGUUGGACAGGCGCUGCAGUGGAACAGUGCAUGCUGGACAACUAGGAAACUGCCUUUCCCAUAUAUAAGGGCUACCAAGAUAAACCCAUUGUCUCAUCAAAGUUCCCAGUCUCAUAUGACUGACUGCCCUGCCCCUCUACCGCAACGGCUACGAGGAACUGCUUUCAUCCCCAUUUCUCCACAGAAAUCCUUCCAGUCAGAAUUGUGGCUGCCUCAUGGCUUUUUACCAGUCUUGUCUCAAGCUCACUAACUCAGCCAGACUUUAUCACACAGCACUUGUCUAGCAGACACCAUGUGACCCUAUAUCAGGGGUCCCAAACUCAGAUGGCUACAGGAUGUAGG